AUGGGUUGGGGCGCGAUAUUCGUGAGUACCUUUGAUGUUCGGGGGAGAGACUUCGAAAAGGCGUUGUAUUGGUCAGAUACAAAUUCCUUUGGACCACGCGCCUAUUUUGUGACGAAUAAACAACCUGCAAAACUGACAGUCGAAAACAUUCAAUUGGAUGAUGAAGGCGUGUACAGAUGUCGCGUCGAUUUUCAGAAUUCUCCCACACGUAAUCAUAGAAUUAAUUUAACGGUUAUUGUUCCUCCACAUCAAAUAUUGGUUUAUGAUGCCUCUGGACGUGAUGUUGCCGGUGCUGUGGGCCCACUGCUUGAGGGUGAUAACAUUGUGUUGACAUGUGAAGUGCGUGGCGGUCGCCCAGAACCUAUUGUCACUUGGCUAAAUGGCACCCGGCAAUUGGAGUCAGGGAAUGGCGUUUCUAUGGGUCGGCACGUGACUGUGAAUCGUUUGGAGGUGCCGCAUAUCUCACGUUCGGCAUUGAACAAUACAUAUCGCUGCCAAGCGUCGAAUACGAAGUUGGUGCCGCCAGUGGAACGUAGCAUACGUAUCGAAAUGUUGUUAAAACCCACAUCCGUGAACCUCACAAAUAAACUGAAAGUCUUCUCAUCCGGCACUCAAUAUAAUUUAACUUGUGUGGUUGCCGGUUCAGUGCCAGAUACAGAGAUACGAUGGACACAGAAUAAUCGACCCUUCAAAAGAGGAACGCUGACGACAACACAAAAUAACGGCAAAGUCUUCUCAACCUUAUCCUUCCAUCCACAACCUGAGGACGAUGGCACAAUGCUGAAGUGUGAAGGUUCUAAUCCGCGUUUGCAGAACUCGGCAAUUGAAGACUCAGUUAUGUUGAAUGUGAUGUAUCCACCACAAGUGACAUUAUCAUUGGGCUCAACACUCAAACCGGAUGACAUUAAAGAAGGCGAUGAUGUUUACUUUGAGUGCCACAUAAAGGCCAACCCGAAGGAGCACCGCAUAACGUGGUCACAUGAUGGCAUCCCGGUCACACAGAACGUCUCGUGGGGCGUCAUCAUUUCCACACGUUCACUGGUGCUACAACGUGUGGCACGCGUACAUGCUGGCUUGUAUGCGUGUGCAGCGGCCAACGAUCGCGGUGAGACACAAAGUUCGCUGGUGAAUUUGCGUAUCCGAUAUGCGCCCGUUUGUAGCACUAAUACAAUAAUUGUGAUUGGCGCUUCGCUGGAGGAGGCUGUGCCCAUACCUUGCCGCGUUAAUUCCGAUCCACCGGAAAUUGAUUUUGAAUGGACUUUUUCAACGAGUGGUGAGCACUUUGAAGUACCGUCGGUAGAAACCGUAAGCGAGUUGAUUUACACGCCAAAGGGUGAGCGAGACUAUGGCACACUCGCAUGUUGGGGCCAGAAUUCAAUUGGCAAACAAUCAGAGCCAUGUUUAUUUCAAGUAGUGCCAGCAGCCAAGCCAGGAGCGUUGCGCAACUGUACAUUGCGUCCAUAUGUGGUGACCUCUGCCUCGCUAAAUUCAUCGAAUCAGACAACAAUGCAUGGCAAUCAGAUGCUUCCAGCACAAUAUGGGCGACACGAUUCAAAUUUUCCGCAUAUGGAGUAUGUACGUGAGCGGAAUAAUAACAAUGACAACAACAAUAAGAGCGCCAGUUACAAUAGCAAUAGCAACAAUGCCAAUAAAAUUCACAAUUCCAAUGGCAAUCAUAAGGCAAGUGGUACCAGCAAAACCAAUAAUAAAAUCAACAAUGUUCUUAAUAAGCAACAGCAGCAGCAACGGAAAAAAAUGCCAACUACAAUGCUUGGCCAGCAGGAGCAGAAAUUGCAUUCUCAUCAACAACAGCAACAACAACAACGGUCACUAGUGAAUAAACAACAGCAACAACAACAAUUGCAACGCCUGAAAGAACGUACAUCAUUUACACCAUCUCAGACGCUGGCGGCAAUCAAGCGACAACAACAACUGCAAAGACAACAGCAGCAGCAACAAAAGCAUAACAAGGCAGCAUUAGUAGCAGGAGCAACAGCAGGAAAAUCACCAGCUAAUGCUGGUGAUAGUAAAAAGUUGUUAGCAGCUGCAACGCGCAUGCCAAUGACUGACGGGGGCAUAGGAGUGCGACGUGAGGACGCUGCGGGUAUUGGAGCUGGAAUGUAUAUCAAUAACAAAACUGAUGGAUUACCCACGAAGAUGCGAGUGGACAACAAACAUCGAGUGAAACGUGCUGCUGAUGAGCAUGUAUCAACAACUACACAACACAACACCAACAGCAACAACAAUUCCAUUGCAAAGUACAAGCAAAAGAAGAAGAUGCAUAAGCAGGCCUUGCCAGUGAAGGAGCUGCGGCUACAGCAGUCAAGAAAGCUAACUGCAAAGCAGCAGACGCAGAAGAAGAUGAAUGCGAACAAAAGGCAAAAAUCAAAUUUAUCACUGCCAACAGUUGCUGUUGGCGCUGCGGCUGUCACCAUCAAUGGCGGCAAUGCGCCGAACAACAACAACAACCAUAACAAGCAAACGCCAGUAAAAAAGUACUACAAUUGGCGGCGAAAAAAUACGCACAAACGUGAAGUUGCAGCAGUGAUGAGUGAAGUAAUCCAUCAUUCAACGCUUAUGGCAUCAGCAACUUCAAAGGAAACGAUAAAAGGAGCAAACAGCGCAACCGUAAAUGAUGCAGCUGCUAAAGCGUCAGCCACAUUUCGUCUAGCAAAAAGAGAAAUAACAACUGCAACGCCAAAUGAGUACGACCCACAUGCAACAUAUAUCGGCCAGAUAAGAGAAGAUUUAACGACAACAAAAGCACCUGUAGCAGCAGCUACAACCAACAACAACAACAUAACCACUAUUAGCAGCCCCCUUGCCUCGCCAACUGGCAAUUUCAUCGACUCAACGCCAAGUAAUCAAGCGUACCAACAAAAUCUGCACCAGCUAACUCAAAGGCAGCUUCAGCUACAGCAACAGCAACAGCCGUCCAUUGCCACUGAUGAUUUACCUGCGUCGGUCACAAGCACGCUCGAUAAGGUACGCAUACGCAAAUCUUUGACAGCUAAAAAUGCAGGCAUAGCAGCGGGUGUUGGUGGUAGUGCCAAUGUUGGCGGCAUUAACGAACAUCACUUUUCGCUGCACAGUAAAACCACCCAUCACAUUAACAACUUUACAAACAUUUCCAACAACAAUGCUAAUGCUGAAAGCGACAAAGCCAAUAGUCACAAUGCCCCACCCAGUGCGCCUGAAAUAAGCAAUCACGCCGUCGCUUUUCACCAUCAACAGCAGCAGCAACAACGUCAACAGCAGCGAUCACAAAAAGAAGUACAACAACAGCAAAACGAUAAUCGCGACACCGAUGUUAUUGGCAUGCAACGCGCAAUUAAUGAUCUCGCUUCCAGCUCGGAUGAAAGUGGUAGAGCAGCAGAACUUUUUGGCAAUAAAUUUGCUUAUGAAGACGAUGUAGGCGAUAUUGACAUGACGGUUGAUGAAGUGGAUGCUGGCACAGACAUAGACACUGUGCUGGAAGGUGAAGUGGAUAUUAUUAACGCCGAAAACGAUGCUGAUGCUGACGAAACCGACGAUGCUGAUGAUACGGACAUAAAUGGCGCUAUUGAAUUGGAUGAAGAGCUAUUGCCACCCACACUGAGCGCUUUGCAGAGUGCAUUUCAUUUGCCAGUCGAUGUGGCUGAGCCGUCAGAUAUGCCACAUUUCGAUUACUCACGCAUGGAGUAUAGUUUCAGUAAUGGCAUUGCUACGCAUAGUCUGGUUGGUGGAAACGGUAUUGGCUUGGAUGGAAUUAUCAAUGGUAAUGGCAAUGGUGUCGGUGGCGGCGGCGGCGGCGGCGGCGUCGGUGGCGGUGGUGGUGGUACAAUUAAUCUCGAAAAUUACGAUAACAUUGUUUACUCAACAAUGGAAUUAGAAUGUAUGCCAGGAUAUGAUGGUGGUCUGCAGCAACAGUUCUUUCUGGAGGCAUACGAUUCAAAGACGAAGAAGCUGCGUUUAAACACAUCGAGCACAUAUGCGGAUAUACCCAUCUUUCGUAUAGACUUGAGCGAUUUAACUUCCAUGGACUAUUAUCCCGAUCCUAAUCCAGCGCUUCAUCUUGUCGUCUACAGCGCCAAUCAAAAAGGACGUUCGGAACCUAUUGUACUAGAAAAUAUUCCAAUAAAUGAAGCCGAGAAACGUACAGAUGGGCGUAUGGCUUCUAUCCUACCUCUCGCUGCUCUACUUACCGGCACUCUAUUCACAGUGGGCGUUGCAGUACUCUUCGUUGUGGUUAUUGCCGUACGCAGGCGACGCUGUCAAGGUGGGCGAAAUCUUUGCGACGACAAGGAUAAACAUUUGGGCAUGGAUGUCACGGUGACUGCUCCAUUGGAGACUGGAGCCGGUCAUCAACGGUUAGUCGUCGCGUACACUCUCAAACAGGGCAUUGAAAAACAGCCAGAUAUUUUGAGUGCGCAAAAGAGUGCAACCGGCAGUGAUACAUCAUCGCCGCUGGGAAAUAGACCUGGUGGUCUAUACCUCGGCGGUAAUGGAGCAGCCGGUAGUAAUUGCGGCGUAACUGGGAAUAAUUCAAACUUUACCACUGUGGCCAGUACAAAUGCAACGGCGGAUUAUGACACCACCACCAUCAGUUACAACGAUCCAAGCAAUACAAACGAUCCACUCAACAGUCCACCUUCACAAUCAAGCACCUUAAAAUUGGGCACCGAAGUACGCAAAAACUAUCAAAGUCCACAACAACCACUACUCUACGAUGCGUUGCCGCUAAAUAGACAUGACAUCUCACGAUACGAUCCACUUGGCCUCAACUAUGGCGGCAGCAACAGCACACUUAAUUCCGCAGGCAGCACCGGCACCGCUUCCAAUAACGUAAAUAAUUCACAAUCCGCUGGAGCGACGUCGUCACACCCGUUAAUACAAAACAAUCUCAGCAAUGGGCAUUAUGUCAAUCACCAUACAUUGCCACACCCUUCCACAACAGCUGCACAUUCAAGCCUCCAUCUUAUGCAACAGCAACAACAACAACGUCAAUCAACAUUGCCAGCCGAUGAGCAACUAUCGAUUGCCGAUUAUCUCGCAGCGAGUAGUCUGAUCGAUUAUAAUUUAAGUAAAGCAGCUGCGGGGCUACCACCCGGCAUGACAGCUAGCGCUAGCGGUAGCGGAAGUGGUCACAUGACUUUGCCCAAAGGCAUAGGCAUAGGCUCAAUACUGGGCGUCAGUGGCAGCAAUGGCGCGCUACUAUCACAAAUUUCGCACACAGCGAACAUUACACCAACAGCAACGAUUACACAAAAAACGAAUGUAAAUCGGAAUCAUAUUAUUACAGAUACACUACCGGGUCCUGAGAGUUGUGUUUAAAUUGUGUAGAGUAUAAAUAUUUGGAGAUAUUUGGAGAUCAUAAAAACAAAGUUAUAUAUACUCACUGAUACUAAAACAUAAGUAUUUACUAAAUGGCG